GCUCUUGAGGAGUGUACCACGCUAGGUAAGGUGGGAACUGGUAGGUAGCGUGGAGCGAAACAGGCGACUCGCCUCCGGCCGGCCCUGUCGCUCUCGGCUGGGCUGUUCGCCAUGGCCCCAUCCUCCUCAACUACUACAUCCCAUUAACAAGUCAAUCUGCCCCGACCACCAUCCACCAUCCACCCGACGACCCUUUUGUUGCCAGAACAAUUUACGUGCAAAGUCAUUCUGUUUUAUUUUCGCCUUCUGGCUCCUGUCCGCUCCUUCACUGUCCGCUAUUACAAUGGCUAUGUGAAGUAUUGACGCCUAUUUUUUUUUCUUUUGUCCACUUCUCUUUUUUUGGCCUCGCCAAUUCAAUGACUCUUUGAAAAUGCCCAACCGAGCAUGAGGAGUCGUCAACAGAACCUGCGACACGAUGGAGCCGCAACUCUCGCAGUCGUCGAGGCCGCAUCCUCACCUCCACAACAUUAUCCCUCCGCUUUCCUCCCAACUGCCUCAUCACAAUGCCACUGCCGAUACGACACCGGUCUCGUCGCCAGGACUUUUCAGUCCAACCAAUCCCCGCUCCAACCCGUCCUUCCCCUCCAUGUCCGAGGGUGCAACGCCGACUGGUAUCGGAAGUAGCCCCUAUCUUCACCCUCUGCAAAGCCAUAAAGUCAGGGAGACACACAAGGCUCUCGUCGACACCAACUUCACAACCGGCCGGAAGCUCAUAAACCAUUAUGAAAUCAUCGAAGAGUUGGGCAGGGGCAUGCAUGGCAAGGUCAAGCUUGCCAGAAACCUCGAGACCAACGAGAACGUGGCUAUCAAAAUCAUCCCAAGAUUCUCCAAGAGGCGGCGACUCGGAAAGGUCACCGCCCUAACCACACAGGAUAAAAGCAAGAAGGAGAUCGCCAUCCUCAAAAAGAUACGCCACCCCAACAUCGUCGCCUUGCUCGAAGUCAUCGACGACCCUGAGCUUAAGAAGAUCUACAUGGUCCUGGAACAUGUCGAGCUUGGCGAGAUUGUGUGGAGGAAGAAGGGUCUGCCUCACAUCUGCUCCUACGAACGGCGGCGGGUGGAGCGGGAGAUGCGAGGGCAGAAGCCCAACGCCGAGGAGGAGAAGUACGAGCUAAGCCUGGAGCGUCGCCAAGCCGCAAAAGAUGCGAAGCGUGCAAGGAUGUCCCAGACGGCGGGUGCCCAGGCUGAGUAUUGGAGCUUGGAGUACGCAGCGACGGAUGACGACGAUGCCGAAUUCCACUCACGCAGCUACGACGGCAUGGCCAGGUCUAUCCCAUCCAACGCGGACUCCUCGACUGGUUGGGGGUACCUUUCGCAAACGCCGUCGCGGACACAGUCAUAUCAGUCCGUCUCCGGCGCCGGUGCUCAGCUACCUUCGGAUCCCGAUUUCCUUCCCAUUCCAUACGAAGACGACCUGGAGACGCCUGGGCCCCUCCGGUCCAAUCCCGCGUCUUCUACGGCCCUUGAUGGGUCCAUGUACGGCCCCUACGAUGACCCAUCCAUCGGGGGGCGGUCUCCGAGCAUGCCCGACUCCAUCAUCUCGCACAUGUCAUCGGUCGAUUACAACCGGCCACUUGAUCCCUAUGCCGACGAUUAUUCUUACGUACCAUGCUUCACGUUUGGGCAGGCAAGAAACGCGUUCCGGGACACCGUCUUGGGUCUCGAGUAUUUGCAUUACGAGGGAGUUGUCCACCGAGACAUCAAGCCCGCCAAUCUUCUCUGGACAAGGGACCACCGCGUCAAGAUCUCCGAUUUCGGCGUCUCCUACUUUGGUCGACCCAUCCGCGACGGCGAGCCCGAUGAGACCACCUCCGAGUCCGAGGCACGUGACUUCGAUGACGACCUAGAACUUGCGAAGACGGUGGGCACGCCCGCGUUUUUUGCUCCCGAGCUUUGCUACACAGGCACCUCGGAUGAUUGGCCGCCCACCUCGCAACCGAAGGUCACAGAGCAGAUUGACGUUUGGUCCCUGGGUGUCACUCUCUACUGCUUGAUCUUCGCUCGUAUCCCGUUCCUGGCCGAAGACGAAUGGCAGAUGUUUAAGAAGAUCGCCAACGACGAGGUCUACAUCCCAACGAAGCGCUUACGACCAGUCGAUCCCGCGACGAAACCCGACGAGAAAUCUCUCUACACUAGAGUCAACCGUCCGCCCUACCGCCAUGACCACGAGGUCGCAUACGAGGAGAUCGACCCCGAGCUUCACGAUCUUCUCAGUCGAAUGCUCACCAAGUCGCCGGAGAAGAGAAUCAGACUCCGAGACGUCAAGCGUCAUAAUUGGGUCGUCGAGGGAAUUGAGAACGUCGUUGGCUGGCUUGAUGACACCGAACCGGCGAGGCGGACUUCUGGCAAGAGGAUCCAAGUCGACGCGCGCGAGAUGGAGCGUGCUGUUGUGCCUCUUACUUUCCUCGAGCGGGCGAGGUCGGUCGUGAAGAAGGCCGUUGGCAAGGUCAUGCACCCGCGAGGAGAGCGGGCAGAGAGUGCUUCUUCAAGGAAGAGGGCUACAAGCAGUGCUGCCAGCUCCGGUGGCGAUACUCCUCCAACGCCUCAUCUACGAGACGGCCGUCGACGGAGUCUGCGUGGGGACUUUAAGGGAGACGACUACUUUACGGGCGCGACGAGGGACCAUCCCACCAGCGAGCAUCCCUUAUCUCAGAGUGUAACUGCCAGCCCACGUCACUCGCCGAGUGACGACUACCCACCCUCGAGGCCCGUCGACCUUGCCCCAAGGGAAGCCUUUGCCGACCGACCGGCUCGGGGACCAAACCGAAAGCCGCACACUAGACACACACACGCCCGCUCCAUCUCGAAUGCUUUCCUCGCCCUCACUCCAGCGCUCCACGAGUCCCGCACUGUCCCACCGACCCCGAGCUUUGAUGGGGAAACCGAUGAUCCGAGCAAUACGCCGAGGAGGACUCGUGAUAUGAGGUCGUCCCCCGAUGACGCAUCUCGGGCACGAUCCGUAGACAGGGGCCUUUUUGCGAACAACGAUAAGCAUGCUGAGACGAGAGUCGCGCUGAGCACGGUCAUCGCCCCGGGGGCUAUGCACCUGCCUCAGCGUCAGCAACCACGACCGGCUCAUGCUCUGGUGGCUCAUGCUCUGGAUCCGAGCAGGGCGUUUGACGGCAUACUGCUCCCACCGCUAUCAGCCAUCGUUCCUCAAACUGGCUAUCAGAACAACUACCCCCGGUCAGAUCCAAACAUGUACCAUAAGCAACGCGCCAUCAUAGACGCCGGUGAGAGGCCCACUUCAGCAGAUAAAGACAAGGAUACCCCGGAUGGCAGGGCCAACCUGAAACCCGAAGUCGAUCCUGCUAUGGUGCCUUGCCCACCGUCGCCCAAGGACAGCGGAUUUGUGGGCUCUUCAGCUUCGUUAUCUGGGGACGGAACUAUUGCGACCGCCGUCUCGUCGAGCUCGACCUCGAUGGCGGCUCUGAAUGGUACUCCGUUGACCAGCCCUAGUGAGACAGCAAGUCCGAUGUGUCCUUCUCGAUCAGGUCUGUUCAAGGAUACUUCACACCACCAGAUUCUUGCUUUUCAAUCCGACCCAUCCCUCCCAGCUCUGCUGAGCAGUACGAGUUCUGUCUCGGCGGAUCUUGAAGGCGAGUUCCUCAGAAACCCAGGAGUUGUACAACGGAACUCGGUCCUCGAUACGAGCGACUCCCUUACACCACCGGCCAUGACGAAGGAACCGAUCGCGGGCUUCCCUCUUGAGGCACACGAUCAGUUCAACGAGGGAGUAGUUCCUGUCGAGCUCGAUCAUGGUUCAUCUCAGCCAUAUCUUACCAUGUCUCCAUCGGCGGCUUUCCAACGUUGCGUUGACGAAGAUGACCGGGAGAGCGAGAGCGACGACGGCCUGACAAUGGCCAAGCCGAAGAAGCGGCAACAUAAAGGACCGAGCUCCGGUUCCAUGAGCAGCGUGAUUGUUGGCUCAAGGCGAAGGGAUACCAACGGAAGCAUUGCCAGCACAGAUACAGCCAAGAAGCUGGAGGUCGAUUUUGAUUGAAGACCUCGCUUCAUAUCGAGAUGAGAAUCAUUCCAGAAUUUUUAUCGACCCACCUCCUGGCUUUGCGUUUCCGUCGACGCCAUUUCCCAUCGAUUUUGGGCAUCCCCUAUAUAUCGUCU